GUUGUCCAUCCGUACGCGGAAGAGCUAAACGCACCAAAUUACCUGUUUUGGUUUAGUUUUCAAUCUAAUAGCUCCUGGGUAGCGGACCCAGUCAGUUGAUCCGAUCCGAUCAGAGUGCUAAUCGAACAGCAACAUCCCCAAUAACCACUAGCUCCAACCAGAGGGUGCGCGCAACAUCAAUAACAACAACAAAGAGACCAAGUGUUCGGGUUUAACAAUUUUUUAGUUAAACAAAAUAGAAAUCGAAAUCGGAAUUGGUCGCGAAUAGUCGCGAAGUUGGCGAACGAAAGUGCCGCAAUUAGUGGUUAUAUAAAUGUAAAUCAAACAGCCCCGCCGCGAACCCAAUUAUGUGGAUUUGUUUGCGAAAAGUGGACAAAUCGAAGAGAACUAGCACGCACUCGAGGCUGUGAUUGUGGCAAUUGGCCGAAACAAGUUGGUUCUUUCCAAGAGAAGACGCGCCGCGUCCCGACCGAUAAGCCCGGAGCCAGCUCAUUACCAUUUCUAUUGUGGACACCUUUGGCGUGUGACACCCAUUAGCCACACGACCCUCGGCCACCCCAAAACCUCAACCGAUCCUCCUCGUCAGAAAAGAAAGCCAGCCAAGAUUGGCCAGAUCUGGACGGGAAUCGGACCCAUCGCAGUCAUGAUUGGACGUUUGUUUCGCGCCCACGGCGAGUUCUGCGCCUCGCAUCCCUGGGAGGUCAUCGUGGCCCUCCUCACCAUCACGGCCUGCAUGCUGACGGUGGACAAGAACAACACCCUGGAUGCCAGCGGCAAUGGCCUGGGCACAGCAUCCGCCGCCGCAGCAGCCGGAGCAGCAACAGCAGCCGGUACUAGUCCGCCCCCGGUUUUGGGUGGAUCGGCCACUUCCAGCCGGCACAGACCCUGCCACGGCUGGAGCCAGUCCUGCGAUGGUCUGGAAGCGGAGUACAAUGCCGCCGACGUCAUACUGAUGACCAUCGUCCGGUGCACCGCGGUGCUCUACUGCUACUACCAGUUCUGCAGCCUCCACCGGAUGGGCUCCAAAUACGUACUAGGCAUAGCCGGCCUCUUCACGGUCUUCUCCAGCUUCAUCUUCACGACGGCCAUCAUCAAGUUCCUUGGCAGCGACAUCUCGGACCUCAAGGACGCCCUGUUCUUCCUCCUGCUGGUCAUCGACCUGUCCAACUCGGGCCGCCUCGCCCAGCUGGCUCUGUCCGGCAGCAACCAAGCCGAGGUCACCCAGAACAUCGCCCGGGGUCUGGAGCUCCUGGGCCCGGCCAUUUCCCUGGACACGAUUGUGGAGGUGCUGCUGGUGGGCGUGGGCACGCUGUCGGGUGUCCAGCGCUUGGAGGUGCUCUGCAUGUUUGCCGUGCUCUCUGUGCUGGUCAACUAUGUGGUCUUCAUGACCUUUUACCCCGCCUGCCUGUCGCUGAUCUUUGACCUCUCCCGCUCCGGCGUGGAUAUGUCCGUUGUCAGGGAGAAGGCCAAGGGCUCGCUGUUGCUGAAAUCCCUCACCGAGGAGGAGCAGAAGGCCAAUCCGGUGCUGCAGCGUGUCAAGCUCAUCAUGACCACCGGACUGAUGGCCGUCCACAUCUACAGCCGUGUGGCCUUCUCCGGAAGCGACUACGAUUCCGUGGACAAGACCCUCACGCCCACCCUCAGCCUGAACGUGAGCAACAACCGGACGGAGUCGGCCGAGAUUACGGACAUCAUCAUCAAAUGGCUGACCAUGAGCGCCGAUCACAUCGUCAUCUCAAUUGUCCUCAUUGCUCUGGUGAUCAAGUUCAUAUGCUUCGAUAACCGCGAUCCCCUCCCAGAUCAGAUGCGUCAGUCCGGAACUGUGGCCAUUGCGGCCAAGGCCUCGCAGACGACGCCCAUUGAGGAGCAGGACCUCGUGGAUCAACCUAAGACGCAAGAGAUUGCUCCGGAAAAGAGCGCAGUCCGGAAACUACUCUUCACCAUUGAGGAGCAGAGUUCGAAAAAUGCUACCACGCAGACGGAACUGCUUCCCCUCCAGCAGCCACUGGUCCUGCCGGUUCGUCCUCCCCGCCCGCUGCAAGAGUGCCUGGAGAUCCUGAACUCCACGGAGGAUCUCAAUGGACCAGCCGCCUUGAGUGAUGAGGAGAUCGUUGCCAUUGUCCACGCCGGAGGACCCCAUUGUCCGCUCUACAAGAUCGAGUCCGUGCUGGACGAUGCCGAGAGAGGAGUACGCAUCCGCCGGCAGAUAAUCGCCGGACGUGCCAAGAUGCCGGUGGAGCGCCUUGGGGGGUUGCCCUAUGAGCACUUCGACUACCGCAAGGUUCUCAACGCCUGCUGCGAAAACGUGCUCGGCUACGUGCCCAUCCCGGUGGGCUAUGCCGGCCCCCUCCUCUUGGACGGAGAGACCUACUACGUGCCUAUGGCCACCACGGAGGGAGCUCUGGUGGCCUCAACGAACCGUGGCUGCAAGGCGCUGUCAGUGCGCGGCGUUCGCUCGGUGGUGGAGGAUGUGGGCAUGACCCGGGCGCCCUGUUGCAGGUUUCCCAGCGUGGCCCGAGCCGCGGAGGCGAAGGCAUGGAUCGAGAACGAGACCAACUACCAGCAAGUGAAGACGGAAUUCGACUCCACGUCUCGGUUCGGUAGGCUGAAGGAGUGCCACAUUGCUAUGGAUGGACCGCAGCUGUAUAUCCGAUUCGUGGCCACCACUGGCGACGCCAUGGGAAUGAACAUGGUGUCUAAGGGAGCGGAGGAGGCGCUGAGGAGGAUCAAGCGCCAGUUUCCCGAUAUGCAGAUCAUUUCGCUCAGCGGGAACUUCUGCUGCGACAAGAAACCGGCGGCCAUCAACUGGAUCAAGGGACGAGGCAAGCGCGUGGUCACCGAGUGCACCAUUUCGGCGGCGACGCUGCGCUCCGUGCUGAAGACUGAUGCCAAGACCCUGGUCGAAUGCAACAAGCUGAAGAACAUGGGAGGCAGCGCCAUGGCUGGCAGCAUCGGUGGCAAUAAUGCCCACGCGGCGAACAUGGUCACGGCCGUCUUCCUAGCCACUGGACAGGAUCCCGCCCAGAACGUCACCUCCAGCAACUGCUCCACGGCCAUGGAGUGCUGGGUGGAGAACAACGAUGACCUCUACAUGACCUGCACAAUGCCGUCCCUGGAAGUGGGCACGGUGGGCGGUGGCACGGGAUUGCCCGGUCAGAGCGCCUGUCUGGAAAUGCUCGGCGUCCGAGGAGCGCACGCCACCCGGCCGGGCGACAAUGCCAAGAAGCUGGCGCAGAUCGUGUGCGCCACAGUCAUGGCGGGUGAACUGAGUCUGAUGGCAGCGCUGGUCAACAGCGAUCUAGUCAAGAGUCACAUGAGACACAAUAGGUCCUCCAUCGCUGUGAGUGGUGCCAACAAUCCCCUGAACGUGACCGUGUCCAGCUGCAGCACCAUUAGCUAAGAUCGGGCAUUGUCGGGCCCAACCACCGCCCUCAUCCCCCUUGUACAUAGAUCCUGUAACCAGGCAGGCCAGGCGUUGCAACUGACUUUACUUAGGCGUUACCUUGUAGUUGAAUGUUUUACAAAUUGCUUGAUAAAUACCAUGAUUGGCCAGGCCAAUGAGCAGAGGAUGGGUUACUGCUACUUCCACUACUGCUACUAGAUUGUAUCAUUUUUUUAAAUCUACCUUCCAUACAAAUACUG